CUUCAAAGACCAUCUAAUCCAAUUGCUCUGCUGCGGGCAUGGACAUCGCUUUAGCAGAUCAUACUGAACCAUUCUGCUGGGAGGGGACAGCCAGCUCUGAGUUAUGCUACUGCUUUUGGUUGCCAGCUUCGUGCUGCAGCUGUGCCCAGCCCUGCAAGGCUAAAGCUUGGGGAGAAGCUGCCUUGUGUCUGUGUCCCACUCACCUUGGGACUGGUGACAUCACACUGUCACCAUCAUGCCAUCCUCAUCCCCUGCCCGUCGUGAUGCCCCAGCACUCCUGAUCAAUUCCCCAAAUCCCUUCUCCCUUAUGCAAAUGGCUACUAAGAACACUUAAUCAUCCUUGUUAAUUGUCUUUGCCCUACCCUGUUUCCCCCCACACCCCCCUGAGCCCUCCUGGGGACUUUCUCACAAAUGGUGUCUAACUUUUCCCUUCUGUGUUUUGCUUUUCCACAACACCCUGCUUCCAGUCCCCCCCAGCCCUCUGUUUACACAACUGGGACAAAUUUCACACCCUGGGGACUGCUACCCCUGAGCCCCCAGUCCAACACUCUCCUGCCACAAAGAAUUUGUGAGUCACUGGUGAGGGCACAGCUAUAUAUAAAGCUAUCCUCACAAAGGACCUCCAGCCUUGGAGGGGACACCGUUGCCACCAUGGAAGCUGCUGCUUGUUGCCUGCCUCUCCACCAGCUCCCGUUGCCCACAGCUGGUGCUUGCCCAGCCCCGGGGCUGCAGCAGAGGGGAAGGUACUUUGGGUGCAGAAUGGGUGGGGGGGCUGGAGUGGGCAGCAAUGGCUAUGUGGGAAGGCUCCAGGUGAGUUUGGGUGAAGGCCGUGUGCUCCUGGUUUAGGUGCGGACUCCCACGAUCCCAGCACUGAAGGUGCAGAGCCUAGGAUCUGGGAGCUCCUGCAGGGAAGGGACCACAAGUGGGGUGGUGGAUAUGCCUGGCACCAGGGCAGGGGUCGUGGAUGUACUGGCAAAACUGGGGUGUGUGGCUGGGGUGUGGGUGAGCAAGGCAAGCGGGGAGGAAAAUGCAGGGUGCGCACUGUGCUCAUCUUUCUGUCCUCCCCGAGACCCAAGCCACUCUGGAGACCAUGGCUGCCCCAGGAGGAAUUCAUGACCAGGCAGCAGAGGGAACAGAUGGACACUGCUCAUCCCCUCGAUGCUGCAGGAGACCACAGCACUGACAAAGCGCUAGCACUGUUCCGCCAUCCGGUCAGGCUCCUGUGGCCCAAAUCCAGGUGCUUUGACUAUCUGUACAGCGUGGGGGAGAAGCUGCUGGAGAACUUCCCGGUGCAGGCCACGCUGUGCCUCUACGAUGACUCAGACAGCGAGGGGGAUGAGACCGAAGAUGACGAUGAAGAUGGCGAUGAAGGGAACGAAGGCGAGGCCGGAGGCGCUGUGCCCGCGCUAGGGGCAGGCUCCCCGCGGCCGGCCUGAACGCAGCACACGUGGCACGGGGAUGGAGGAUGACCGAGGCGUAGGGCAGCGCGGGGCCUUGGUGCCGCGGGGCAGCGUGAGCCGGUCCGGCCACUCGAGCAGCCGUGACGCUGUGCGCGGUGCAGAGCCCAGCCCCAUGAAGCGGCACAGGGCCCAGCGGCGCCGGCAGUCAG